ACGAUUUUUCACUACUAAAGCGAGAAAGAAGGUUUUCACCAAAUCUAAUAGUACUUUUUAGUCCCUGCGCCUUCAAGCUUGAGGUCACAAACCAGUAAUCUUCUGGGUCAAUGUAGUUUUACUCCUCCUUCAGCUCAAUCAUGCAGUCAGCCGUGCUCUUCCAUUAACCCAUUGGCCCAGCUUGGCUUUUGCCACCAACAACCGGAUAGUUAUGAAUGCCAAUUGCCAAGUUUGGUGACUUAUUACACCAUGCCUACCAACCGUUCGAUGAAAUUCCUCUUAGAAGCCUUGGGUCUGGAAACCCUGUUUUUCUUUCGCUGUACGCACUACCCACAAUUUGGCCAGCUGAAAAUAACGUUUUAACAACUGAAGUAGCGUUGACACCGAAAGUCUUCGGCAAUGUCGCGUUUGUUUUGUCAAGAACUUUGGAAAUUGCUAAACCCGAUUUGCAGAUUUUGUCCAAACUAACCCUCACAGUCCUUCAAUGAUCCCCCAAGCAGGCGUUUCUUCUUCUUCUUCGCCGACGCCGCUGUGGACGUACGAUGUGUUCCUCAGUUUCAGAGGCACAGACACCCGCACAAGUUUUACUGACCACCUCUAUGCCGCGCUGACUCGAAAGGGAAUUAUCACAUUCAGGGAUGAUGAGAAACUCAAAAAAGGAAGUUCCAUCACGGAACUCUACAAUGCAGUUGAAGAAUCAAGGUGUGUCAUUGCCAUUCUUUCGAGCAAUUAUGCCGACUCAACUUGGUGUAUGGAAGAGCUUGCAACGGCUGUUGAGUGCAGGAGAGUAAUGGGACAGAUACUAGUCCCGAUUUUCUAUCACGUACAUCCAUCCGAGCUGCGAAACCAAACAGGGAAUUUCGGGAAAGCGUUUUGUAAGCUUGAGGAACGAGCCGUUAAAGGUAAUUUAGAAAAAGUACGGAGGUGGAGAGCUGCACUUGUAGAGGUAGCUGACCUCUCUGGAUUCCAUUUGGACGGGUUUGAAUCAGAACUUAUUCAAACUAUUGUCGAAAAUAUUUCCACCAAAUUGAAUCAAACAAUCUCCAGUGUAUUUACGGAUUUAGUUGGGAUGGAUUCUCGCGUAAAAGAAAUGCUUUCGGACUUAGAGAUGGGGCGGAAUAAUGUACACAUCAUAGGGAUUUGGGGGAUGGGGGGCAUCGGAAAGACAACUAUUGCCCAUGUAGUUUCUGAAAGGAUACGUGCUCAGUUUGAAGCUUACAGCUUUCUUGCCAAUGUUAGAGAGGUAAGUGAAAAACAAGGUCUAGUUCAUUUACAAAAGAAACUUCUUUCUGAUAUAUUGCUGGAAAGUAAUGUAAGGAUGCACAACACUCAUACAGGAAGCAGUAUAAUAAGGGAAAGACUACAAACUAAAAAAGUUCUUAUCAUUCUUGAUGAUGUGGAUCGGUUAGAACAAUUGAAGGCAUUGUGUGACCAUAGUUGGUUUGGUCAAGGGAGUAGAAUCAUAAUAACCUCAAGAGAUAAAGAUGUAUUGGUCAAAGGUGGAGUGGACAGAAUAAAUCAAGUUAAGGCGUUAACUAACAAUGAAGCUCUUCAGCUCUUUAAUUGGAAAGCCUUUAGGAGUGACCAGGUUGGAGAAGAUUUUUUCCAGCUAUCCAAGAAUUUUGUUAAAAAUGCUUAUGGCCUCCCAUUAGCCAUUGAAGUUUCAGGUUCAUCCCUCUUUCGUAGAAGUGUUGAAGAAUGGUCAAGUGCAUUGUUAAGGCUAGAAAGAAAGCCUGUUGAAAUGCUUUUUGAUGUACUUAAAGUAAGUUUUGAUGGAUUACAGGAAAUAGAAAAGAAAAUAUUUUUGGACAUUGCGUGUUUCUUUAAAGGAGAGGACGAAUAUCGUAUAAAAAGAAUACUAGAAAGUCGUUAUGGCCACUGUCCAAUCAUUCAUUUUAAAGUUCUCACUGAAAAAUGUCUUCUAACUACAUUCGGAGGAAAAUUGUGGAUGCAUGAUUUGAUAGAACAAUUGGGGUGGGAAAUUGUUAGUCGGGAGCAUCCUGAGGCAGGCAAGCGUAGCAGGUUGUGGCUUCCCAAAGAUAUUUUCCCUGUGCUUGUACAUAAUAGGGGAACAACUUCGGUGCAAGGUGUAUUCCUGAAUUUUGAAAAAGAACAGGAGAUUAGGGUUAAUGAUCCUUUUUCGGAAAUGAAGAACUUAAAAUAUCUCAAAAUUUGGAAAGGAAACAUUUCUGGGAACACCAAAUAUCUUUCUAAUGAGUUGGCGCUUUUGGAAUGGCAUGAAUGUCCUUUAAAUUCUUUGCCAUCAGGAUUUGAAUCAGAUAAGCUUGUCGAACUCAAGAUACAUUCAAGUUGCAUCAAACAGCUAUGGACGGGGAAAAAGUGUUGGAGCAGGCUAACUUUCAUUGAUAUGAGUGACUCCCAGUACUUGAUCAAGACCCCAGACUUUACUGGGGUUCCAAAUCUUGAGAUUUUGGUGCUUCAAGGUUGUGCAAGAUUGGUUGAGGUUCACCCAACCAUUGGAGGUCUCAGAAACCUUAUUUCAUUGAAUAUGAGAAACUGCAAAUCUGUUGAGAGCCUUCCACCUUUCAAAAGUUUGAAAUCUCUUAAAAGUCUUACUCUGUCCGCUUGUUCAAGACUCAAGAAGUUUCCUGAAGUUGAAGGAAAUAUGAAAUGCUUGUUGAGAGUCUAUUUGGAUGAGACUGCUAUAGAGGAAUUGCCUACAUCAAUUCAACAUUUGACGAGUCUUACCUUCUUGAACUUAAGAGACUGCAAAAACCUUUUGUCUCUUCCGAAUACCAUUCAAUAUUUGACAUCUCUGAAAAGCCUCAUUUUAGCUGGUUGCUCAAAAUUUGAUGAGAUACCUGAGAAUCUGAAUUGUGUGGAAUGCCUAGAGGAGCUUGAUAUAAGUGGAACUGCUAUAAGAGAAUCACCGUCUGUUGUAGGUAUGUUGAAUCUAAAAUAUCUAUCCUUCCGGGGAUGUCGAGAUCUGCCUUCAAAUUCGUGGCACUCGCUCUUUAAUUGUUGGUGGUGCAGAAAGAGCUAUGUCCCCACCAGUUUGUUGUUGCUAACCUCAUUCUCCAGUUUAACUUCUUUGACAGAGCUAGACUUAAGUUAUUGCAAUUUAAUAGAUGGAGCAAUUCCCCAAGAUUUUGGUGACUUAAUCUCCUUAAGAAAAUUAAAUUUGAGUGGCAAUAAUUUUGUUCGGCUACCAGAAAGCAUCUGUCAACUCUCCAAGCUUGAAUCUCUCAACUUGAGCAAUUGUCGAAGGCUUCAGUUGCUUCCUGAACUACCGUUAAGUGUUCGGCAUGUGAAUGCAGAAGAUUGUAUUUCACUGAUGUGUUUCCAAGAUAAAUUCAAGUUAUGGACUUCAGCUGUCUCAGGAAUGACUACUGUCAAUUCCCACAGUUCAUCCGAUAAUCCAGAAUAUUAUACUUCAGCACCAAGACGUAUCUCAAGAACUUACACUUCUGGAGGCUUUGGAAUGACUACUUUCAGUAUUUCGUCUGAAGAUCAAGAAUGGAAACCAUGUGUUGAUUCAUGGUUACCAACUCAAGUGUUUCAAAGAGACCUAUUGGAUUGUAGGUCAUGCUCCAUGAGCUCUGUUUGUGCCCAAAUUGAAAUCCCAGAGUGGUUCAGCAAUAUAGUUAAUGGCGAUUCCAUAGCAAUCCCAAUACCUCCAAAUUUGAAAGAUAAUAAGAAGUGGAUGGGGGUUGCUGCUGUUUUCUUAGUCAAGGGACAGCCUUCUGUUUCCAAUAGUGAGUCAGAUACAGAAACUUCUGAUUACUUGUACAGAUUCACAUUGGGAACUCAUGAGUUUCGACUGGAACCAUAUCUUCUUGACUGGAAGGAAAGUUGCACCCUCGUCAGAUCUAGUUCUGAUGAUUUUCUUUGUUUUUUCUAUGAAUCUCAUAUGCGCUUUCCAAAGACGUUAAAUGAAUCAAGGUCAAUAUGGGCAUUAUUGGAAGCCAUUAACUCGUGCAUGGAGGUCCAGAAAUGUGGGAUACGUCUUGUUUACAAGCAAGAUGUUGCAGGGUUUAUCCAGACAUUCAUGAUGUGUUUUGGUGGAGGCCAACAUGAAAUGAAUCUGCAGGAAGUUGAUAAAGCUACAUUUGAGUCUGGAUGGUUUAAUCUAGACAAUAAGUACAUUUUCAGAUGAUGUAUGUAUGUAUUUGUGAUUGCAGGGAUUUUCUCAUCAUCUCGCGUGUGGACUCCUAAGGGCAGAUUUUUACAUGGACUUGUAUGUACUUAUGAAGAAAAUACCUUAUUGUCAUCAAAUUUGGGGUUUUACAUACCACGGGCACAGUUUUUAGAGCGUUUCAUGCUCUCAAAUUCUAGUAGCAUGAGCUGCAUUUUGUUUCAAACCGAUAAACCUGGCGCAGAGGUUCAAUAUGUGCAUUGCACAUUUUGUAUCAACAAGAUCGAUUGGGGUUUUUCCGGACAAUUACCCACUGCAUAUUACGUGGCUCUGAUAGAAUCCUUGAAACUUAUAAUCCAUUGGUAUCAGGUGUUCAGAUAAAUUUGAUGAGAUUGCAAAGUCCUGCAGUUGAUGUAGAGGCAAUAGUCUCAUGUCAACUAACUGCAGAGAUUGGUGUGUGUGGAUCCUUUUGUAUGUAGCUUCCUUUGGACCAAAGUACCCAAGUGGUUCGUUCUUCUGAGUAAGGCAACUCUGAAAAUGUUCAACACUGCCUCAGACUUUGCUCGGUGAUAGUAACUGUAUGGGCUUUCACCACUCCACAAACAUCCAAACAUCAAUUCUUGAGAAUUUUGACACUCCCAAUUCAUUGUUUCUCUUGACAUUUUUCUGUAAUAUGGUGUUCGGCUGCAGAAGAUGGUAAUCAAAUGAUAAAGAGUACAAGGCAUCAUGAAAGAUUGAUUCAUAAGGCUUACUGAUCAUGUCUGAUGCUCAAGGGCACGGGAUUGUAACUUGUAAGUAGCCUUAUAUCUUUCUCACUAGAUCAAUUUUGUUAUUUUUGGGCUACUUCCUUUUGCUGCUAGUAAUUACUGUGGCAUUCUAGAUGGAUAAAGCGAUAUGAUGUAUAUAACUUUUUCACGUAGCAUUACAUUAUUGAUCCAGAAUACCGUUGUGACGUAGGAGAUUUAGCCAACUUACCACACCAUCAAGCCUCAAGUUUUUCUUGGAACUCACAAACAGACCAGCUAAAGCUUUUUAUUUUGACAUCACAUGCAAUAUGCAUUACUUUACUGAAUAAUCUGCACAGUAAAUCGUUUUAAUUAUAUAAUUAGGAACAUAACCAUGUAAAGGAUUCCGUUGGAUUUGGCUUGGUUUACACCUCACACUAAGUACAUAACCAAAUCAAAUCAAUCUGUUCAGGCCUUGUUUGUUUGUUUGUUGUCUACUCUCGAGAUUCAAUAAAGUUUGCUUCAUAGCUUCUCCGUCUUCUACCUUCACUUGGACAAACCUUGCAAGUUGGCAUUUAUAUUUUUCUUCAACAUCUAGUGGGGUUGUCUAAGCCAAGUCAAUAAGUCAAUACUAAACAGCAAACGUGCUCAGUGAUUGAUUGUGUUCGGCUAAUUUCCUUCUUGAGAAAUUAAGAAAAUACUGUAUUUAUCUACAUACUAUAUGGAAAAGGAACUUCGCACAACGAAUUGAAGAUAACAUCUUAUCAUUGAAAAUGGAGAGAUUUUGUGAAUAAAGCUUUUAUUCUUCCGUAAAACUAGUUAGCGAUAUGAUGAGGAGCUCAACUCCUUGUAAGCUCAUGCAAAGUUCCUUCUUCCAACAAUGUGGAUUUUAUUCUCAGCACCCCAUUAUGUGACAAAUUUUUAAGCCAAACAUGUAUACAACAUCAAAUAGAGUGAUGUGGAGCACGUAUAGUUGUUGAACUUCACGCGCUGCUCUAGAAAUCAAUAGGGGUCAUCGUCAUCAUCAUUGUGGCAUCCUCGUUCGACGCCAGCACCACCACGUGCUCCACCUCCGUCACCAUGCCUAGGCCCCACCGCAAGCACCGCCAGAGCCAAAUCAAGAGAAGAUUCAAGAUUCAGAUCCGAAACCAAAUCCCAAAAGGCCGCAACAAAUAGAUAAGGAUCCACUAACGGUUCAUAAUCCGGUUCAGAAGCCAGAAUCUCUCUCUCCGUCCUUCCUUUCUCCACCAUGGCCAACCAAAAACCAAGAGUUGGGCUCUCAAACUUUUCGAGGCCGCGACUAUUCUGGAUGCUACAUCUAAAAGGGCUACCAUGGGCUAUAGCCUUGGUAGUUUUCAGUGAAAAAAUAAAAUUUUACACAUAAUUUUCAUUGAUUUCCGGUAGUUUACCAUAUAUUUAGUCAUUAAUUCUACUUCUUUCAGUUUAAUUAUAAAAAUAUAUAAUACAGUUACAAACCAUCUCUAUUUCUUACCUCCUUUCUCAUCGCUUCUUGUACAUAUAUGUUUCAAGUUUGAAUUUGUUUGAAUUUUAACACAUAUUUAUUUAAUAACGAAAAAUUUUUGGCUCAUCUUAUACAAAGUGUGAAAAAUACAAUACCGGUUUUUUUUGUUUACAAGAUUUAAAUCUUUAAGUUAGCCCAUCCCGUGGAAAAUCGCCAUUAGCAGCUGGUAGAGCAAGAAGCGAAUGAAGUUAACAACGACAUGAACCCUGUGGCUGCAAAAGACGCAGCUCUGGCAGUGCUUGCGGCGAACCCUGUGGCUCCUGAACCGGAUCAGGAAUCGUUAGUGGAUCCUGAUCCGUUUGCUGUGAAUUUUCGGGAUUUGGAUUCGGCUCCUGAAGUGACUUAUGAAGCAGCUCUUGGCGUGAUGACGAAGGUAGAGUACGUGGAGGUGUUAGCGGCGAACGUGGAUGUCGAUGCCGAUGCAAAAAGCCAGUGGUGAACCACGUCUGCGAGUCAAUUCAGGAUUCAGAUCCGGAUCCAAGUUUCGAAAAACCGCAACAAAUGGAUCAGGAUCCUUAUAAACGGUUUUGGAACUGAUCCAGGAGCCACAAGUGCUGGCGUGCCGCCGCAAGCACCGCCAGUGCCACAUCUUUCGCAGCAAGUGUUCCAUUCAUGGCAUUGUUAGCUUUAUUCGUUGCUUGCUCUGUCGACCAUGCAACCUUUAUUGACGCAACAGCCACAACAACUGCGACCUCGAGAAGUUUGCAAGCCUACUCUGGUUUCCCGUUUCCCGUUGGCCAUGGUGGAGAAAGGAAGGACGACAAGAGAGGGAGGACAUGGCUCCUGAACCGAAUGCUGAAUUGUAUGUGCAUCCUUAUCUAUUUGUUGAGGCUUUCGGGAUUUGGAUCCGGAUCUAGAUCCUAAAUCGGCUCCUAAUCCGGCUCCGGCAGUGCUUGCUGUUGGGCUGGGCGUGGUGACGGAGGUGGAGCACAUGAUGGUGCUGGCGGCAGACUCGGACGCCACAGCGGUGAUGACGAUGACCCCAUGCGGAUUCCUAGAGGGGCACGCAAAGAUCAAGACAUUAAUAUGUUUAAAAGCUCAUGCAAUAUAUUUGUUCUCUCAACUUCUUAAUUAUAAGCUUAUGCAAUAUUUGUUUUCUCGUCAAUAUGAUAUUCAUUCUUAACAUUUUUAGAAGAACA